CUGCUUUCCACCAUGCGUUAGCAAAAUUUAUCGUUUAUCCUUGUUUAAUAUUUGAUAAACAACAAGGAUAAAAUGAUUCUACGAGCGUUGUGCCGUGGGCAUUAAAUGGAACGCACCCGAAGUCUAUCAACUCUGAUCGACUCUUAUCUCUUAUCUCGCAGGAAAACCGCAAAAAAGACAAAACAGGAAAACCACAAAAAAAUAAAACAGGAUAAGAGGCCAAAACGCUAGAGAUAAAACUGAUAAAAAGCAAGGAAUAGAAAACAAAGGUACAUUGUAGAAUUAGCCUUUAAAUAGACAGGCGCGAAAAGCAGAAUAUAAAGUGUUAUUACAAUAUAUUAUCUACGCAGAAUGACGGGCGUUGCUGUGGUAACUGGUGGAAACAAGGGUAUUGGCUUUGCCAUUGUGAAAGCUCUCUGUCAGCAGUACAAUGGAAAUGUUUACUUAACAGCUCGUGACACCACACGUGGUUUGAAUGCUGUCAGUGAAUUGAAAAAGCAAGGCUUGAAUCCGAAGUUCCAUCAAUUGGAUAUCAAUGACGACAACAGUGUUAAUACAUUCCGGGAUUACUUACAGAAUACGUAUGGUGGUCUUGAUGUACUGGUCAACAAUGCCGCCAUAGCAUUUAAAGUCAAUGCUACAGAGUCUUUUGGAGUGCAAGCUGAAGAAACAAUACGAGUAAACUACUUUAGCUUACGUAGAGUGUGUACUGCUCUUUAUCCGUUACUCAGACCGCAUGCCCGCGUGGUUCACGUUUCGAGCAGUGCUGGACGUCUGUCUAAUAUUACUGGUGAUGCAUUAAAACAGAAAAUAGCUGAUCCAAAUUUGACUGAAGUGGAAUUGGACAAAAUCAUGCAUGAAUUUGUCAAUGCUGCGAAAGCUGGUACGCAUUUACAAGCUGGUUGGUCAAAUUCAACGUAUGUGGCAAGUAAAAUCGGUGUUAGCGCUUUAGCUGGUAUUCACCAAUCCAUAUUUAAUACGGAUCCCCGAGAAGAUAUUGCGGUGAAUGCAGUACAUCCUGGUUAUGUUGAUACUGAUAUGAGUAACCAUAAAGGAACUUUGACACCAGAUCAAGGGGCUGUAGCUCCUGUUUACUGUGCAUUGUUGCCGGAAAAUACAGAGAUAAAAGGAAAAUAUAUCUGGUUCGAUAAGACAUUAGCAGAGUGGAAGUAAGCAAAUGGAUAAACUGGAUUGUAUUAUUAUAUUCCUACAAUAUGAUGCAUAAUAUACCAAGAUGUGAAGAGUUGGAUUAUAUUCUAAAUAAUUAUUUUUAUGAUAUUAAACAUACUUACAUAAAAAAAGAGCA